AUGAGUUUGCCACCGAAAGUGGUCUCCAAGCCCAGCGCUGUCGCAGUUAGCGGACCUGGAGGUGGCCCCUCUCCGUCGAGCCAACAGAGGGUCUCUCUUCCAUCGGGGGCUCCAGCAGCUCCCCAGCCCGGUGCUGUUCCUCAACCACAAAUUCCUCGAGUUCAGCCUUCCCUGGACGAGAGAAUUUUUCCCACACAGCCGGCAGUGGCUGCAGUCUACAGCUAUUCUGUAAUGCAGGUAGCCAGGCAGAUUGGUCCUCCCUACACUGCACACGACAUCACAAAGGGACAUCCAAGCUUGGCGGGCACACCGCCAGGUCAUGCACACUCACCUGCUCUCUCUCAGCCUCCCUACAAUCCCGGACAAAAUGCUGGCUCUGCGGCCAUCGUGUAUUCUCCACAAACCCAGACAAUGAGCGCUCAACAAAGUCGCCCAUUUGCUACGGGGCCUCGGGCAACCCACCAUCAGUUUUUCCAGAGGGCUCAGAUGCAGAGCACACGACCAGCCAUGCCGACAAACGCACCAUCUAUACGACCCAACUCACAAACCCCCACUGCAGCCGUCUACCCCACCAAUCAGCCAAUCGUGAUGACCAUGCCACCUAUGCCUUUCCCCUCGCCACAAGCUGCACAGUACUACAUCCCACAGUAUCGCCCCAGUACGCCUUAUGUGGGACCUCAGCAGUAUUCUGUACCGCCUCCGGGGUCCGGCACAUUUUAUCCUGGUCCUGGGCCUGGGGAGUACCCAGCCCCCUAUCAUCCCCUCAGGUAUCAUCCUCCUGUUUCUCCAUCAGUCCCUGCUCCUGUGCCCUCCGCGGGGUCCCCCUACUACCCGGGACAGACUGUUUACCCUCCUUCGCCCCCCAUUAUAGUGCCUACACCACAGCAACCUCCUCCAGCUAAGCGUGAAAAGAAAACAAUCCGUAUCCGUGACCCCAAUCAGGGUGGCAGGGACAUCACAGAGGAGAUCAUGGCAGGAGGCACAGGAAGCAGGAAUUCAACGCCUCCGGUCGGCCCCCCCCCUUCCACCCCAACCCCUCCACAGCAGCAGCCGAGCAACAGCCAGACUCCUGAGCUCCAGACACAGCCGACACAGCAGGCCCAUCCCCCAGGCUUCACGCUGGACUCCCCGCUUUUACCAACGCCACAGACGCACCUGGCCGCCGCUGCAGACGUCAAAACAAGCCCAGAUGGUACGUCAAAACUGGACCCUGUUGUUCAGAAGUCUUCCUCACCGUUGCUCGACUCGUCCGAAGUCUCUGUUGAAAGACUUGAAGCUAAUUCUCCUGCACCUGAUCACCCUUCGCUGGCGUCACUUGAGCUUACGUUCCCUACACCUCUGACCACUGUCCCACUUAAAGCCUCCCACAGCAGUGACCGGCUCUCUGCCUCACCCUCGCCCUUGGACACUGAAGCCAAACAAAUGAAUGCAGACAAACCCGUUGCAGACCCUCUACGGACUCUGACACCGUCGCCAGCUCCGCCUCCUAAAGCUCUAAAUGGCCUUUCGGACCCUGUAGAUGAGCUGGACAUGCCAGCCCCUGAAUCAGUGCUUCUGUCUUCAUUGCUGUCGCCACAGCUUUCAGUGUCGAGCUUUAGUUCCUCUGAAAUUCUGCCUCCUGACGUGAGGCCUGAGGUGCCUAUUGCCACUGCUGUGUUGUCCACUGUAGCACCGGUGUCUAUUGUGCCAGUCACAGUCCCCUCCAGCCCCACUCCUGUUCUCCCAAUGAUGCUUCCCCCAGGCCUACCCCCUCUAGUGCAGGCCACGCCAGAAGCAGACGGGCCACGCCAGCCUUUGGGCGCUAUAGACGUGACCACUCGAGGGGAUACAGAGGCUCGCAGCAGCACUUCAGACAAUAAAACCGAGACCCAGCCCCAAGUCGAUACCAGGACAAACCCCAAAACAGUUAAUCAGACCGCUUCUACUAUACCAAAGACCUGGAGGAAACCAAAUGAAGACAUUUCUACAGCAGUAGAGACGUGUCAAAAAGAGGAAGAGGAAGCCUGUCCAGUCGAUGAGUCUGUUGGAGAGAAGAGCCGGCAGUCGGACGCUUUGAGCAGCCCAUUGCACACACUAUCAGUGCUGGCCUCUGUCAGCAGCCCAGACCUUGAUGGAAAGCCUACUGCUCCUGAGGAAAAUGGUGAUGCGGAGACUGAACCAAUGAGGAACGGAGCUGGCCACACAUCUGAAACUGAGAGCAGCGACAGUGGAAUGACGCUGGGAGAAAAAGAGGCUGAGGCUCCAACAGACAUGGAAGAUGUAACCGAGCCCACUGGAAAGCGACAAUAUGACAGAGAUUUCCUAUUGGGAUUCCAGUUUAUGCCUGCAUGCGUACACAAACCUGAGGGCCUACCACCUAUCAGUGAUGUUGUUCUUGACAAGAUGAACCAAAACAAGUUGCCAGUGCGGGCGGUGGAUUCCAGGGUGAUUUCCAGGGGACCAGAUUUUACACCUGCCUUUGCAGACUUUGGUCGGCAGAUGAGUGGGGGCUGUGGCGCUCCUCUCAUGAGCAUGAGCUCCCGGCGGCCUCCUCCCCGGAAGAUCAUCAUGAAUGUGUCGGUGAACGACGAUAUUCAGCUGAAGAAGGCUGAGAACGCCUGGAAACCUGGUUUGAAGAGGGAGACUGCCCCGGAGGAUCCAGGAACCAUUAAUACACAGGAGCUUUUUAGAAAGGUCCGCUGCAUCUUGAACAAACUAACGCCCCAGAAGUUCAAUCAGCUGAUGAAGCAGGUGACCGACCUGACCAUAGACACUGAAGAGAGGCUUAAAGGUGUCAUUGACCUGGUCUUUGAGAAGGCUAUAGACGAGCCCAGCUUCUCUGUUGCCUAUGCAAAAAUGUGCCGGUGCCUGGCUAUGCUCAAAGUGCCCACAGACAAACCCAACACUACAGUGAACUUCCGCAAACUACUUCUUAACCGAUGUCAGAAGGAAUUUGAGAAAGACAAGGUUGAUGAUGUGGUGUUUGAAAGGAAGCAGAAAGAGCUGGACUCUGCUGCAUCGACGACUGAGCGCGAGAGACUACGAGAAGAGCUGGAAGAGGCAAAGGACAAAGCCCGUCGCCGUUCUAUUGGCAAUAUCAAAUUUAUUGGGGAGCUCUUUAAACUCAAGAUGUUGACUGAGGCCAUUAUGCACGACUGCGUGGUCAAGCUGCUCAAAAACCACGACGAGGAAUCUUUGGAGUGCCUCUGCAGACUGCUCACCACCAUUGGCAAGGACCUGGACUUUGAAAAGGCCAAGCCUCGAAUGGAUCAGUAUUUCAAUCAGAUGGAGAAAAUAGUAAAGGAAAGGAAGACCUCAUCGAGAAUCCGCUUUAUGCUUCAAGAUAUAAUCGACCUGAGAUUGCACAACUGGGUGUCGCGGAGAGCUGACCAAGGACCCAAAACCAUUGAACAAAUCCACAAAGAAGCCAAAAUUGAGGAGCAGGAGGAACAGAGGAAAGUCCACCAACAGCUGCUUUCCAAGGACAGCAAGCGUCGUCCAGAGCCCAGAGAACAGAGGGAACAGAGAGAGAUGCGCAUGCAGCGAGAGGAGACCUGGAGCACUGUGCCCAUGACCAAGAACAGCAGGACUAUCGACCCCGCUAAGAUCCCAAAGAUCUCAAAGCCGCAGAUGGAUGAAAAGAUACAGCUUGGUCCACGAGCUCAGGUCACAUGGGGAAAGGGAAGCAGCGGAGGUGCCAAGGCCAGUGACUCAGCAGAAGUAUCACGCACUUCUGGCACCAGUCUCAAUCGUUACUCUGCUCUGCAACCUCCCCCCACAUCCCAGCCUUCCUCUACGAUACCCCAGAACCAAGACUUUGAUUCCAGACGGUCCUUUGGACGAACGAGCGCAGGGAGAGAGCGUAAUGACAAGCCUCUCAUUUCCGGUCCAUCGCCUCGACCCACUCUGUUUGCCCGAAGAGGGAGCUCCAAAGAGCUGCAGGACUCCCACGCUUCAGAAGAGCCUCGCAGAGACCGGGACCGAGAACCCACAGAGUCCAGGAAAGCCAGUGUGACAGAGGAAAAACCUGAGCUGGAGCGCAACCAAAUCAGGGAACCUGUUAAGCCUGAUUCUGCUCCACCGACACCAGAGCGCCCCAGCCUAACCGUGGAAGAAAUUGAAAGAAAAUCCAAAUCUAUUAUUGAUGAAUUCCUGCACAUUAAUGACUACAAGGAGGCAGUUCAUUGUGUGGAUGAACUGGUUUUGGGCUCUCAGCUGCACAUCUUCGUUCAGAUCGGAAUCGAGUCAACUCUGGAACGAAGUCAGAUCACACGAGACCACAUGGGCCAGCUCUUCUUCCAGCUGGUGCAAAAGGGAAUCCUGCCCAAAUCUGAAUUCUAUAAAGGGUUUUCAGACACGCUAGAGCAGGCAGAUGACAUGGCCAUAGACAUUCCCCACAUCUGGCUGUAUCUUGCUGAACUGCUCUGUCCAAUGCUAAAAGAUGGGGCCUUCUCUAUGAGAGAGCUCUUUAGUGGAUUAAGCAAACCUUUGCUUCCUGUGGGAAGAGCUGGGAUCCUUAUGUCUGAAAUACUGCAUUUACUAUGCAAACAAAUGAGUCAUAGAUCUGUGGCUACUUUGUGGAAAGAUUCUGGUCUGAGUUGGGUGGACUUAUUACCAGAAGGAGAAGAUGUCGAGUCUUUCAUUUCAAUGCAGAAACUCCAGUUUCUGUCAGAAACGUCUCUCCCCGAGUCGCCGUUGUCAAAAAGGGUCUUUUCUCCAGAGGAGUUGAACCAACAAUUGGAGAAACUUCUUUUGGAGGAUAUAGCCAGUGAUGAGCAAAUCUUUGACUGGGUUGAGGCAAACCUGGAUGAGUCCGAGAUGAGCUCGUCUCCUUUCUUGAGGGCUUUAAUGACUGCUGUGUGCAAAGCAGCUGUCAAAGAUGAGAAUACCAACUGUCGUGUCGACACGGCCAUCAUUCAGAGGAGACUUCCUGUUUUACUCAAGUACCUUAACUCAGACACUGAGCGACAGCUUCAAGCACUUUAUGCACUUCAAGCUCUGAUCAUGACCCUUGAUCAGCCACCAAAUCUCCUCCGGAUGUUCUUUGACUGUCUGUAUGAUGAGGACGUUAUCUCUGAGGAUGCGUUUUACAAGUGGGAGUCGAUAGAAAGGUUUGGAGUGAUGCCGAUUCGCCGAACAACAACCAUUCCGCCCCCGGAGAAGCCCCCCUCCUCAGCGGCAGAGAAAGACGAUGAAGAAAAAUCAGAAGAUUCUCCAUCAGCUAAUGACAGUCCAGUUAAGUCCUCAGCCCCAGACGCUGAGGCGAAGGAGGGUCAGUCCACCGACGAGUCCGAACCAACGGAGAAUGGCGAGAAGGAUCCUGAUGAGGGAACCGCUGAGGACGGGAAAGACAAAGCUGAAAAAUGCAAGGACUGCUUGGCUGGACACUGCACCACACACUGCUUUGUUUCCAUACUAAGGCUGAAAGAUGGAUACAAGUACAAGUCCAAAGGGAAGAAGGUGAAAAGAACCAUUCCAGCCUGGGCCAGUGUUUCCUCCAAUAAAAAGGUCCCUGUUACAAACUAUGCAGGGACGCAGCACAAACUGGAUAACAUCCUUGUUGAAGCGAUAACGUCUUUCAACUCUCGGUCUGGAGUUUCUUACCAGUCACUAUAUAAAUACAUUCUCAAAAAAUACCCUUCGAUGGAACUUGAGAGAAAGAAGUUUCUUAUUAAAAAAGCCAUGAAGAAGCAGUUGGGGAAUGGUGCCAUCAAGCAGUUGAAGGGUAAAGGUCUGUCGGGAACCUUUGCCAUCGGGAAAGUGGUGCCAGCAUCAAAGAAAAGUGCACCAAACGCAGAGUCUCUGGGAGAUUCCCUUCCCCUCAUCAUCACCCGUCUCUGUGAGCCCAAAGAAGCCUCUUACGCUCUUAUAAAGAAGUACCUGAUGCAGCACUUUCCUGCCCUCAAUGUUGAGAAAAGACCUGAUAUUCUAAAAACUGCUUUGGGAAGAGCCAUAGAAAAGGGACAAGUGGAACAGAUCACUGGAAAAGGAGCAAGCGGCACAUUUCAGCUGAAACGCAACCAAAACCAGUUAAAAGGUAGCACUUUGGACGAUGCUAUUAUUGCUGCAAUUACAGCCAUGAAUGAACCCAAGACAUGCAGCACUACGAGUCUUCGCAAACACCUCGUGGACUCGAAUAAGGAUCGAAAGGAGUACAUGCUAGUCACUUCUCUGCGAAGGACUCUGACCAAGUGCAAAGUUCUGGGCUGGAUGGAGCAGAUCUCUGGCCACGGCUUCACGGGGACGUACCGGCUCUCCUUCCCCUACUACCCAAGUCCGACUGUUUUGUAUCCAGACCGGUUUAAAGAGCUUGAAGAAAAGAAAAGUGCUCCAAAACGAAGGAGGGCCAGAUCAGACGACGAGUCUGACGAAUCUGAAGAAGAGUCCGAGGAGGAAGAGUCUGAAGACGAGGCUCCUGCCCGCAGUCGGAGUAAGAGACCUCCCCCCAAGGUACGGCGUCCUCCACCAAGUAAAUCCAGAAGCGCAGCUCGCUCCAAAUCCAAAGGCGGCAAAAGGUCUCCCGUCAAGAAAGUGGCGAGCAAACCUGUCCCCUCCCCGAAGAAGAAGGCUGCCACCCCUGUGAAAAAGAAGGGAUCCGCCAAAAAACCGACAACUCCCGCAGUGAAGAAGAUGGCCAGCCGGGCAGCCAAACGACCCGCUCCCAGAGAUGAGUCUUCGGAGGAGGAGGAAGAAGAAGAGGAAGAAGAGGAAGAGGAGGAGGUUCCUGUUCCCAAGAAGGCGGCGAAAGGGCGGUCCAGCCGAUCCAAACCCGAGAAAUCCCCUGCACCUCCACCGAAAAAGCAGGCGACCAAAAAGAGCGUUUCCCGAGCCGCGCCCCCGAAACCCGCUGCCAAAAAGGGGGCAAAGACCAGCGCCCAACAAGCAGCGCAGGACCAUAGACAAAGUUAUAGGACUAGAGGACUGCGAGAGGACUGGUGCAGAUCCUGGGGAAAGGACAGACCGCUGACACUGCAUAUAGUCACGAACAUGGGAGAGGCACCGGGCAGAGAGGAUGGGACAGUCACUCGCACAGCUGAGUAUGUGGGGUCAUUUCCUCUGGAUGACUGCUGCCUGGACGAUCAAAUUGAACAACUGCACACACAGCUCCAACGCAUCCGGGCAUGCAAAACAAAACGCAUCGUAUCACUGAAGUUUUCCAUCAAAGGAGUGAAGAUGUACGACGAGGAUGAAACCACUUUGCUGAUGGCUCACGCGCUCCGCAGAGUGUCCCUCUCCACGGCUCGUCCCACAGACUCACAGUUCGCCUUUGUCUCCCACAACCCAGGAAGCACGGACGCCCAGCUUUACUGCCAUGUGUUCAAAGCCCGACACGCCAGAGCUGCCCAAUUCCUGAACCUGCUCUUGUGCAGAUGUUUCCAGCUGUCGUAUUUGGAGAAACACCCAGAGGAGGCUCAGCAGGAGUCCUCCGGCCCUGCCCCGCGUCGGAACCCCUCCCUCCUCAACCACGGCUUCCCCCUGAGCGUCAGUGCACUGGUGUCCUUCAGGAGGGCCCCUUUCAGAGGCUGGCUGCCCGGCUCAAAGAAGAGCAGUAAGUCGUGUGAUGACCAAAGCAGUCAGGAUGAAGUCUUCCCCACGUCGUCUCCCUCACUGACGCGCAGGAAAGCCAUCCACACAAAGGUCCUCCACUCCGGGGCGUACCGCUCCUUCACCUUCUCCCCCCUCAAACAGCGGGCGACCCAGGAGCGCCUCAAGUCCUCACCAGCAGAGGAAGCAGAGGCCCCACAGAAGAAGAAACCCCGGGCCCCUAGUCUGGCCGAGACUGAAGAAGCACUGGCUCAGUCCGUGUGGUGUUGCGCCGGGAUCUCGCCUGACAGUAGCUACUCCCUCCUGGCAGAUGACGUCCUGGGCGCAUAUCUCGUGUGUCCACAUCCUAAAAAACCAAAAUGCGGCAGUCUGAUCGUUCGCUUCCCCUCCGGCCUGAUCACUCACCAAGUCGAAAACACACGGAAGGGGAAAUUUAUGCUUGAGAAAUGCCAGCAGGAGUUCAAUUCGUUGGCAGAGCUGAUCGAACACUACACACUGAGCCUGGAGGAGCUGCCCUGUCUGCUGAGCUGUGCACGAGUCAACCACUGUUACGAGUGGGAGGAGGACGCAGGCCAACCCCCACAUGCUGUGAAAACACUGGACAGCUUCAACAAAGCAAAGCUGAAAAGUGCGCACUGA